AUGCACUCGAUCCACGAUCCACAGAAGCGGUCCGGUGAUGAGCCUCGGAAGAAGAUCCGAAAGGGGACCCGCAGUUGCUGGCAAUGCAAACAUCGCAAAGUUCGCUGCAAUUUUUCAUCUGAUAGCGACCCGAGCUGCAGAGAAUGUCUCGCUCGGGGACUGCCAUGUCGCAGCCAAGAAUUCCCGGAACCUGAGAAUCCCCGCGAGUCGGACCGGACCCAUCUGAACGAGCGGAUGGCUCGGGUUGAGAAACUGUUGGAGAAACUGUUGAUACGAGUCGAUGGAGGGGGUAAUCAAAAGUGGGACUCAAAAUCGCCUAUAGAUUCAGUGGAACCCAAUAACGAAUCGAGUCCUGCGACCGUGACACCAGCUCCGGAUAAUGCUCCAGUUUUGUCUCUUUUUAACAACGAAACAGUUCGUGUGAUAACUCGUAGCGGGUUAGGUUUCCAACGAUCGGACGGCGUUGUGCCCGAUUUUACACCAUAUGGCACAAUCAACCGGGACUGGGGGAGACUGCGCCGCGAUCUGAUAGCCUUGAUACCCUCCGAGAAGACAUUGAAGAUCAUAUCAGAGGCUAGCAGUAGCUGGUGGCUUAUGCGCGUACAAUUAUUCAAAGAUUAUGAUGAAUCAUUGGUCUCGUCCUCGAAGGAAACCCUUUCAAACAGCCACCCGGCUGUGGUUGGUAAGGCCAUUCUGUGGAUUGCACUGUGUCUCCAACAACUCCCUUCAGAGCUUGAUUUACCAUCUCUCGGGCUUCCCUGCCUAUCAUGGGUCCUAAUUGAAGAAUGCGUUGCCCGUGUUUCCACGUUCGUAUGCUCUGAUGACUCUAUUGUCAGUUGCAUCGAUGGGCUCGAGUGCUUGGCUCUGCAAGGGUUGAUCUUUAGCAAUGAUGGGAAGCUGCGAAGUGCAUGGCUUUCUUAUCGUCGGGCUGCAGACAUCGCUCAAAUUAUGGGGUUCCACCGUGCUGAACCAGCUCCAAAUGAAAGCGCAGAGUUUCAACGCCGGGCUACGUUCAUCUGGAGUCACAUUCUCAUGGUAGACCGGCAUUUUUCACUGAUUCUUGGAGUACAUGGAGCUAUAUCAAAUGCUGCAAUAGAUCUAUACCAGUCCAACCUGAGCGACUCUCGAGAUUUGCCCGUUCACAAGGCAUCCGUUCUACACCCACUUACUCGAAUAGCCGGAUCAAUCAUUGACCGCAAUCAGAACUUCACAGAGGUCACUCCAGGCAUGCUGCAGAUGACACAGAGCAUCGAUGCGCAAUUACGAUUGCUGAAGGUCCCUCCUUUCGCGUCACCCGACAAUGUUCCGCCGGGCAAGUGUACGGAGCGGUCUGCUUGUUUACUAACGCUUCACUCUCGGCUAUGGCACUACCAGCUCAUGGUUUGGUUACACCUGCCUCUCUUCCUGGCGUCAGGUACUGAUAAUAGCUAUGGUUAUAAUCGGCAAACUUGUCUUCAAGCCUGCCGUCAGAUCAUCACUUGCUAUGUCAACAUCCGACGCGUCACUGAAAAUGGGUUUGACUCGAAGAUUCUUGAUUUCCAGGCCUUUACUACAGCAACGACAAUCAUUAUCAGUGCAUUCGGGCCAUUUGGUGCACAGGAAUUUACUAAAGAAGACUACAUCGCUAUCGACCGUGUUAUAGCUGUUCUAGAGCAACUAUCCAACACAGUUCCAGACAAUAUUGCAACUCGAGGGUUGCGUGUUUUGAAGACUAUCAAGGGAAUAGGAAUGGGAACCGAACCCCUACCACUUAACACAUCAGAAGGACAUCAAUAUGAGAAUGGAAGGCCUAGUCGCAUCAAGCUUGAUAUUCCCUAUUUCGGCACGAUAUACCUUGAACGUCAUGCUCUCACCAACCAGUCAACCAAAGUUUUUACAGAUCGUACUAUACCAGUGCCAGAUUUGCCUAGCACCGUUCCUGGGCAAUAUUACCCGUCCUCUUCAUGGAUGGGCACGAUCCAGGACGCCAGCUAUACAAAUGAGCAGGUUGCCGAAACAGCCCAAUGGGCGGAUACCGGCUUGGGCUUAGAUCUGAAUACCGAGUUUUGGGCUCUCAAUUCUGAGUUCACGUUUCGAACUCCAUUUUUGGCCGAUCAUGAUGUUGAUUGGGAUAGUUUAAGUAUGGAUAUAGGGUUAUGA